CGUGGCGCGCUGUGGAUAGUGUGUGCUGUGCUGCGAUGUGAUUGGUUGACGGCUGACUGUGCUCGGUAGCCGGGAGAGGAUGCGCAGGAGGGGUCGGGCUGCCUGUGGAGCUGCCCCGUUGCUUCUCGUUCUGUGCGGGUUGUUCAGGGCGACCUGCGGCGGCAAGUCUCUGCCAGCCUUCAACGAUGACAUUCCCUUCCGGCUCAGCUGGCCCGGGCCGGACUUCUCCCUGCCUACUACAGGCAUACCAUACAAAGACGAUGACUACAUCAUUAUGACCACAUCCGAUAAAGAAACAUAUAAGUGCAUGCUUCCAUUAAUGUCAAGCAGUGAUCAGGAAGAUGAACGUGACUACAAAGGUCCCACGCCAAGUGAACUUUUGGAGCCUCUUUUCAAGCAGACUAGCUGUUCAUACAGGAUAGAGUCUUACUGGACCUACGAGGUUUGCCAUGGAAAACACAUUCGUCAGUACCAUGAGGAUAAAGAAGCUGGGCAGAAAAUAAAUAUUCAAGAGUAUUAUCUUGGGAAUAUGAUUAAGAAGAGCUCAUUAGAAACAGAUGAAAAGUCAGAUGAAAGAGAGAAAGCCGAAAAGCGUAAAGAUAUUCCUACCAAAAACAUUGAAGGACAAAUGACUCCAUACUUUCCAGUCGAGAUGGGGAAUGGAACCCCAUGUGUCUUGAAACUGAACGAGCCGAGAAGUAGCACAGUGAUGUAUAUUUGUCAUCCUGAUGCUAAACAUGAGAUCCUGUCUCUAGCUGAAGUAACCACUUGUGAAUAUGAAAUUGUUAUACUUACACCUCUUAUCUGCAGUCAUCCUAAGUACAGGUUUAGAACAUCACCCAUUAAUGAUAUCUUCUGCCAGGCAAUGCCAGGUUCACCUCUAAGGCCGCUGAGCCUUGAAAAGCUGGAGCAGCAGCAAGAAGUAACCAAGACGCCAUUUAAAACCAACAAGGAGGAGGACAGGCAGUCUUUGAGAGACAAGUUUUCCACAAUCCACAAGCCAGUCUCAGUUGGAGCUCAACAGCAAGUAACUGUCGGAACCACUCACAUAUCCAGAUUGACUGAUGAACAGCUGAUUAAGGAGUUUUUGAGUGGCUCUUAUUGUUUUCAUGGGGGUGUCGGUUGGUGGAAGUAUGAAUUUUGCUAUGGAAAACACGUCCAUCAGUACCAUGAGGAUAAGGACACUGGAAAGACAACAGUAGUUGUGGGCAUGUGGAAACCAGAAGAACAUCUCAACUGGGCUAAGAAAAACCCUGCUAGGUUAUAUCUCCUGCCAAGCGAUGGGAAGCAAACUGUUAGAAUGGUAUCCCAUUUCUAUGGCGGUGGAGACAUUUGUGAAUUAAACGAAAAGCCAAGGCAGGUUGUUGUCAAAUUAAAGUGCAAGGAGUCAGAUUCACCUCAUGCAGUUACUGUAUAUAUGCUUGAACCACAAACCUGUCAAUAUGUUCUUGGAGUGGAAUCUCCGGUAAUAUGUAAAAUACUGGAUACUGCAGAUGAAAAUGGCCUCCUUUCAAUUCCCAAUUAACUUUCAAAAUAAGUCAAACCUACCAGCAUUUGUAAUUAAUCAGCAAGAACAAAACUGUACAAAAAUAAUGACUUGACAAGCCUCUCUGUGUAUAUGUAUGUACUUGUGUAUAUAGUGGGUAAUACAUACGAUUUUAAAUACGACAA